UGAGAAGGUUCCUCCGUCGCAACGAGGGAACAUAGAGCUCUUUGUAAACCCGCCUCGCGCUCAGAUUCGUUUGGACUCCCGUUCGUUGAGUCGCGCAUCACCAUGUCGGACGAGGGGAAACUGUUCAUCGGGGGACUGAGCUUCAACACCACCGAUGAGUCGCUGUCCGAGGCCUUCGUAAAAUAUGGCGCUGUCUUAAAAGCCGAAGUGAUCCGGGACAGAGAAACAGACAGAUCUCGCGGCUUCGGCUUCGUGACGUUCGAGAACCCGGAGGACGCGAAAGACGCGAAAGACGGCAUGGACGGGAAGGAUCUGGACCAACGCCAAAUCCGCGUGGACGUCGCGGGUAAGGGCAGAGGCGGCGGCCGCAGAGGGGGCUACGGAGGCGGUGACCGUAGCUAUGGUGGUGGCGACCGGAGCAGUGGCCAGCGGAGCUACGGUAGCGACCGCAGCUACAGCGGUGGCGGCGGUGAUCGCAGCUACGGCAGCGGCGACCGGAGCUACGGCAGCGGCGACCGGAGCUACGGUGGGGGCGGCGGCAGCCGGAGCUAUGGCGGCGGUGGUGGUGGUGGCGGCUACAGCAGCAGCGGCGGCGGCGGCAGCCGGAGCUACGGGGAACGGAACUUCAGUCGAGGCAGUUCAUCCGAUGGCGGGUCUGAGUACCAGAGUAGUGGCCGCAGCGGCUACUCCAGCACCUACAGGGACAGCUACGGCGCCGAGUAAACACCGCCCCGGCGCGACGUCCUCACUUUGGCCCGGCUGCGUCUCUCAAACACGCGCACUCCUCAAACAAAGAUGUCCGCGUGAUUGCUGAGCUUCGUUUUUUGUAAUUCUGUUUUUUGUAGCUCGAGCAUCUUAAGAAAGAAAAAAAUGUAUCCAUGAGUUUUUUUUUUUGUUCAUUCCUCGAAUAAACCAUGUUCCCAAUUCCAGUUAAGAACUUUGCUUUGUUUAUAUUGUAUUCAUCGAAGGUGUUUUUUAUUAACACGUAGCUAGGUUAUCUGCGAGCGAACAACGGCUCCCCGCGUGAUCACUAUCGCGGCCAUUUUUUAUUUUAUUUAUACUUUUUUUAUAUCCGAUGGGCGUGUUUUACUUACUUUGUCCUCAAAAUACUUUUUGGGGGUUUUAUGCGAAAUAAAUGUUACUAUUAAAACCAA